CCCUGCGGGUUGUUCUGCCGGGAUCGGGGCUGCCCUGUUCCAGCCGGUACAGUUGUGGUCGGGGACGCGAUGGCGGCGGCUGCGGCUGCGGAACGCAGGGCCUUCGCUCAGAAGAUAAACAGGACUGUGGCAUCUGAAGUUCGGAAACAGGUCUCCAGAGAGUAUGGAGGGUCUCCGCAGCUCUCCAAGAAACGUGCAGGCGGGGCGCAGGCGGUCCCGCUCUCAGAUGUGGUAGAGCCCCUGGAUUUUGAGAUGUAUUUGGCGAGCCACCCCCCAGAUUCAGAAUGCGAGGCCCUGAGGGAUCUGUAUGAUUUUCCUCCCGACGACAUUGAAAUCUUGUAUGAGCCAAGAGAAUGCCGCACAAUGGAAGCUGCAGCUCCGGAAGAAGGAAAGCUGGACGCCCGAGUCAGAGAUGCCUUAAAGGUGUAUACACACGACUGGGUGAUAGUGCAAAGAAGAACACAGAAACUGAGCACCGCGUACACCCCGAUCACCGCCGAGCGGCAGAGACAGCGGCAGAAGAACCUGACCCGGCAGAUCUAUGAGCUGGAUGAGGCUGUGGAAGAGAGAGGCUCUGCAGAGGAGCAGGAGGACAGAAAAAGGGCUUCUGCUUCCAUGGACGGAACACCGCGGGGCAGCUGGGCCUCUAGUAUAUUUGAUUUGAAGAACUCAGCACCUGAUCCCUUACUGUCAAACCUGCUGGACAGAACCGCUCCUGAGGAGAUAGACCGGAUCAAUGAGGAGCAGAGGAGAGAGAACAGACACCACCACCUCCUGGCUUUAUACCCUGCCCCUGAUGAGGAUGAAGCUGUUGAACGUUCCACUAUUCCGGAGGUGCCUAAAGAGCACUUUGGACAGCGGAUCCUGGUGAAGUGUAUAUCACUGAAGUUUGAGAUUGAGAUUGAACCGAUAUUUUGUGUCAUGGCUUUAUACGAUGCUAAAGAGAAGAAAAAGAUAUCAGAAAGUUUCCAUUUUGACCUGAAUUCUGACACCAUGAAAAAUAUGCUACGGACACAAGGUGGCCACCAAGUGCCCUCCACCCUUGCGAGAUCUGCCAUCUUCUCCAUAACAUACCCAUCUCCUGACAUUUAUCUCGUCAUCAAGCUGGAGAAGGUCCUACAACAAGGGGACAUAGGGGAAUGCUGUGAACCUUACAUGGUCCUAAAAGAGAGCGACGGCAUCAAGAACAAGGAGAAGGUGGACAAGCUGAGGGUCCAGGCCGACCAGUUCUGUUCUCGUCUGAGCCGCUACCGCAUGCCCUUUGCAUGGACGGCUAUCCAUCUGAUGAACAUUAUCAACAGCAUGGGGACAUUGGAGCGGGACUCUGACUCAGAGAGCGAAAAGAAGAGUACGUGGAAUGAAAGAAAGAAGAAGGCUUUCGAGAGGCUCAGUGUCGGGGAUGAAGUCUGCGGAUUUAACUCUUUCAGACCUGCAACGCUCACUGUCACAAAUUUCUUUAAGCAGGAAGGAGAUCGUCUGAGUGAUGAAGAUCUCUACAAGUUCUUGGCUGAUAUGAAGAGACCGUCCUCCGUCCUGCGGAGACUGCGGCCAGUAACGGCUCAGCUGAAGAUUGACGUCUCCCCGGCCCCCGAGACCCCCCAGUUUUGCCUGUCUCCUGAACUGCGUCAUGUCAAACCGUAUCCCGACCCCCGUGUGCGACCUACCAAAGAAAUUCUGGAGUUCACUCCGCGGGACGUGUAUUCCCCUCACACAUCGUACAGGAACCUUCUAUACGUCUACCCCAGAUGUCUCAACUUCAGCAGUCGCCAGGGAUCGGUCAGGAACAUUGCCGUCAAGGUUCAGUUUAUGGCGGGAGAGGACCCCAACCAGGCCUUGCCGGUGAUAUUCGGCCGGUCCAGCUGUAAUGAGUUCUACAGUGAGAGUUACACCGCAGUUGUCUAUCACAACAAAUCUCCCGAGUUCUAUGAGGAAUUUAAGAUGAAAAUUCCUGGAAAUCUGACCGAAAACCAUCACCUCCUCUUCACCUUCUACCAUGUGAGCUGCCGGCAGAACCAGACCACCUCCCUGGAAACGCCAGCAGGAUAUACGUGGAUCCCUUUGAUGCAACAUGGCCGCCUGAGAACUGGCUCUUUCUCGCUUCCUGUGUCUGUGGAGAAACCACCUCCCAGUUACUCUGUCCUGACCCCUGAUGUCCAGCUCCCAGGGAUGAAAUGGGUGGAUAACCAUAAACCGGUCUUCACGGUAGAUCUGGUGGCGACAUCAUCCGUGCACACACAGGACCCCCAUUUGGACAAGUUCUUCACUGUGGUGCAGGUUCUGGAGGAGCACGGCUUUCCUUUCCGGCUGAAGGAUGUCAUAAUUACAGAAAGUAAUGUGGAGUCGGAGCUGAAGAGCAGUAUGGGAAACCUGCGUCUCGCCGCCCUCGGCCCCGCCGUUUGCUUCUGUCAUCAGCUCUUGGAUAAGCUCAUACUGCUAAUCGUCAGGCCGCCGAUCAUUGGGGGGCAGAUUGUGAACUUGGGCCGAGCAGCCUUCGAGGUUGUGGCUCUGCUGGUGAGCCAAAUUCACCGGACACUAGAGGGGUCCCAGGAUCAACAUGGCAGGAAUGGACUACUGGCGUCAUACCUGUACUAUGCUUUCCACCUUCCCAGUGACAUGCCAGCCCAGCUGAACAGCUCAGUCUCUCUGGCCUCGUCCACCUCUGCUUACCAGUCUGCCACGCUCUCUCGUGCCACGGGGCGGCCCAGCAGUCUCAACCUUGCCCGCUGCAGGAGUAUUAGUAACAGUAACCCCGAUCUGACCAGCACUCCGGGCUCCACGGAUGAUGAGGAAGUGCAGAAGAUCAUGGGAGGCAAGGGUAUUGAUCGCUCUCACUCUUGGGUGAACUCUGCUUAUUGUCCAGGGGGUACGAAAUCUGUGCAACGGCGGGCCCAGCCCAGUUCCAACACGGAGCUUCGACAGAGCAAUGAGCGCAGUACAAACCGCAUUUCCAGCUACAUGGAGGGCGAUGCUUCCUCCACUCCACCUCGCCUCGUUGCCAAAAAGCUGUUACAUGAGGAGCUGGCGCUGCAGUGGGUGGUGAGCAGUACUCCUGUGCGGGAAGCCGCUCUCAGCCAGGCCUGGUUCUUCUUCCAGCUCAUGACAAAGAGCAUGACGCUGCACCUCCACAACUCUGAGCGGCUGGACGCCCCCCGUGCACAGAGGUUCCCAGAGAGGUUUGUGGACGACAUCUCAGCUCUCGUGUGCAACGUCUGUUCUGAGAUCACCAGCCGAUACCUCAAGGAUGCAGAACUUGCCGAGCGGCUCAACAGCAGCCUGGCCUUCUUCCUCAAUGACCUCUUGUCCCUGAUGGAUCGCGGAUUUGUAUUUGGUCUCAUCCGCUCGUACUACAAGCAGAUCAACGGCAAAUUGCCAAAGGCACCGAACCCCAAUGUGCUGAUCUCGCUGCGCAUGGAUCUGAUCCGCAUCGCGUGCUCACAUGAACACUACGUCGCCCUAAACCUGCCCUGUGGCCGCCUCUCUCCACCCAACUCGCCCUCGCCCUCUAUUUCUUCUACUACAUCACAGAGCUCUGUCUUCUCCAGCCCGGCACAGGACAAGACUGUCACCAACAUGUUUGAGCUCUCGGUUCCAUUUCGACAGCAGCACUUCCUGUCCGGCAUUAUCCUGACGGAGCUCGCCCUAAUACUGGAGCCCGAUGUCGAUGGAGUGUUUUUCCUGCAGAAGAAGGCGAUCAGCACUCUGCACAAUCUCCUCUGCAGCCAUGACACUGACCCUCGCUAUUCCGAGCCCGCCGUCAAGCAGAGGAUUGCCCGCCUGUACUUUCCAUUGAUCGGAAUCGUCAUGGAAACUCUACCCCAGCUCUACGACUUCACGGGAGACCCCCACGCCCAGAGGGUCCGCCAUGCCUCUUCUGUGAUGGAUGAGGUGGACUCUGAUGGAGGCACCAUCAGUCAGACGGUGGCCAUGGCUAUAGCGGGGUCUCCACUCCCCACCGUGCAGAAGACCACCAGCUUCCCUCUCCCCUCAGCUCCUAUGCGCACCGGCAGUGCGCUCUCCGCGGAGUCCAGCCGCAAUCUCCUGGUGUGCGCUCUGUGGGUGCUGAAGAACGCCGAGCAGGACUGUCUGCAGCGCUGGUUCUCCAGCCUGUCUGUAAUCCAGCUGACCCGGGUGCUGGAGCUGCUGAGCUUCUGUGUGUCCUGCUUCCAGUACAAGGGUAAGAAAGCGUUUGAGCGUAUAAACAGCCUGACCUUUAAGAAAUCUCUUGACAUGAAAGCAAGACUGGAGGAGGCCAUACUUGGAACUAUCGGCGCCCGCCAAGACAUGGUGAAACGUAGCCGAGAGCGCAGCCCUUAUGGCGCCCAGGAGAACGUGCGAUGGAGGAAAAACGUCACGCAGUGGAAGCCGAGCAGUGAGAAAACGGAGAAAUCGCAGGCAGAACGAGAACUGGAAGUCACAGUGGAUGGAAAUAUGGCGGCCGAGGCCAACCUGGUGGUGCUGGACACACUGGAGAUCAUUGUGCAGACAGUCAUGCUGUCAGAGAUGAAGGAGAGCGUCCUGGGAGGAGUGUUGAAAGUCCUGCUGCUCAGUAUGAGCUGCAACCAAAGCGCCUUAUACCUGCAGCACUGUUUCACCAGCCAGAGGGCGCUGGUGUGCAAGUUCCCAGAGAUGCUGUUUGAAGAUGACACCGAGCUGUGCUGCGACCUCUGCCUGCGUCUCCUGCGCCACUGCAGCAGCUGUAUCAGCAGCGUGCGAACCCACGCCAGCGCCUCGCUCUACCUGCUCAUGAGACAGAACUUCGAGAUUGGGAAUAAUUUUGCCCGUGUGAAGAUGCAGGUUACCAUGUCCCUGUCCUCACUGGUGGGGACCUCUCAGAAAUUUAAUGAAGAGCAUCUGCGGAGAUCCUUGAAGACUAUCCUGACCUACUCUGAGGAGGAUCUAGAGCUGAGAGACACCACCUUCCCGGAGCAGGUCCAGGAUCUGGUGUUUAAUCUGCACAUGAUCCUGACCGAUACCGUAAAGAUGAAGGAGCACCAGGAGGACCCGGAGAUGCUGUUGGAUCUCAUGUACCGGAUAGCUAAAGGAUACCAGAACUCCCCAGAUCUGCGUCUGACGUGGCUCCAGAACAUGGCGGCCAAGCACACAGAGCGUGGAAACCAUGCAGAGGCUGCCCACUGCCUAAUACAUGGAGCUGCACUGGUAUCGGAGUAUCUCAGCAUGAUUGAGGAUGCCAGGCACCUGCCCGUGGGGUGUGUUACUUUCCAGAGCAUAUCCUCCAAUGUGCUGGAAGAGUCAGCGGUGUCAGAUGAUGUUGUAUCGCCAGAUGAAGAAGGGAUCUGUACUGGGAAAUAUUUCACCGAGGCCGGGCUGGUGGGACUACUGGAGCAGGCUUGUGCGAGCCUCAAUAUGGGGUCACUAUUCGAGGCAGUGAAUGAGGUCUAUAAGAUUCUCAUCCCCAUUUAUGAAGCUCAUCGGGACUACAAGAAACUGGCUUCUGUCCAUGGAAAACUGCAGGAGGCAUUCAACAAGAUCAACAACCAGAUCACAAGCUGGGAGAGGAUGUUUGGGACUUAUUUUCGUGUAGGAUUUUAUGGUUCCAAAUUUGGUGACUUGGAUGAGCAAGAGUUUGUGUAUAAAGAACCAUCAAUUACUAAACUGGCUGAGAUCUCCCACCGUCUGGAGGAGUUUUACACUGAUCAGUUUGGAGAAGGGACGGUUCAGGUGGUGAAGGACUCAAAUCCUGUGGACAAAACAAAACUUGACCCCAACAAGGCGUACAUUCAGAUCACCUACGUGGAGCCAUAUUUUGAUACAUAUGAACUGAAGGACAGGGUCACAUACUUUGAUAAAAACUACAACCUCCGGACCUUCCUCUUCUGUACACCAUUCACACUUGACGGCCGGGCUCACGGAGAUCUCCAUGAACAGUACAAGCGUAAGACCUUUCUGACUACAUCACAUGCGUUUCCUUACAUCAAGACUCGGGUCAACGUCCUACAUAAAGAAGAGGUGGUGCUAAUACCAGUUGAAGUUGCAAUUGAAGAUAUGCAGAAGAAGACACAGGAGCUGGCAUUCGCUACCCACCAAGACCCGGCUGAUGCCAAAAUGCUGCAGAUGGUGCUUCAGGGCUGUGUAGGAACAACCGUGAACCAGGGACCCUUGGAGGUGGCACAAGUGUUUCUAUUUGAGAUACCUGAAGAUCCGCGUCUGUACAGACUUCAUAACAAACUCCGGCUUUGCUUCAGGGACUUCACCAAGAGGUGUGAAGAUGCCCUACGGAAAAAUAAGACUCUCAUUGGAGCUGAUCAGAGGGAAUAUCACCGGGAGCUGGAGAGGAACUACCAACGUCUCCGAGAAGCACUCGCCCCCUUAACAUCUCGCAAGAUCCCGCAGCUAUACACUGAUCUGCUUCCUCAUACGAGUUCCAGGGACUCCCUGACCCGAACAAGUCUACGCAGGAUUGAAGCCUAAGUAUAUAAGGAGUGCAGUGUGGACGUGCAGAUUUCAGACAUGCCACUAGAGGGUGCUUGUGAGUUCUGUGUCAGCGCAGCACCGUCUCUGGAGACGCCAGAACCGGAUGUUCUGAACACAAAAAAUGUUUGUUGUUUAUCCACCUAUAGAUCUGUAUGUGGAGGGGGAGGAAAGAGAACAUGAGGGGGCCAUGAAGAACAGCUGCUAGGUAGGAGGAUGGGAGCAGCUGUUUUUAUACCAGGAGGAGAGUAAAAAGGAUUGACAGUGGAUGAAGAGGCUUUGGAAUUUGGUAGGAUGUAGUGGACCUAAUAAAACUGAUGAUGAGGUAGUGGUGGGGUAGUGGGUCUAAAGUGGGGAACAGACUUGAGAGAGGACAUUGAGAUAGGUAGAUUUGGAGGAAGAUCUUGAAGGCAAGGACAGAAGGGUAGAUGGGAGUGCCUCGGAGUUGGGUAGGAGGGAUUUAGCUUUCUCAGACAUGCCAAGAUGCCCACCACAGCAGUCAGAUUUGUAAGCAUCCAACAUUCUUUCCAUUCACUGCCUCCUUCGUCUCCACUUUAAGAGUUUUAACAGUACAAACGUAAUGAUGCCUUCUCGAUUCUAAAACCCCAGAAGAAAAUCUUAGACGUCCAGUCUACGCUCUUGUAUCUGGUCUCAGGGAAGCUUCGCCCAUGGGCACCAGUCAUGGGCACUGUCUGUUGGCGAAUGCUGUAAAUUUUUUAUAUGGGCAUUGUAAUGACGGUGCUGUAGUCCCCUGUGAGGAGAGGGUUGACCCCUUUCUGGGUUGUUGCGGCCUGCCUAGGACAAUGACUGCACCCGAGGGAACCAAAAACGAACAACCAAAAAUAACACUAAUAGAAAAUGGCAUUGAGCAGCUACUCACCCAUGCACUGGCCCUUAUUUACAAGAAAACACUAAAAAAUACUUGCCUACAGCAACCAAUCGGAUCACUACUUCUCUAAUCUUCUGACUGGUCGCUGAGGGAUACUUUUUUGCACUAGUUUAGUAAUGGGCCGCAUCGUGCGGUCUGACUGCCGACACGCACCUGUCCUAUAUUUGGGAUUACCCGCUGUACCCGUCUUGUAAUCCAUGUCGCUCACACUGGGUCUGCUGUAAUCUAGUAGGACGCUGCCGUGGCACUGCCCAUGACAACCAAUCAGAUUCAAGUCGUCACUUUUUGGUUUUGGCAUUUGAUUGGUUGCUUGGUUUUUACAGAUUUCCUGCCGCUCUGUCGCCCGUCGUGUGGUAGUCUCGCCCGUUAUCACUUUCUGCUGUAUAAAUGAUGUCUUUGACAGUGUAUGGACUAUUUUUGUAAUAAAAGUCUUGU